AUGUCGCAUCUAACAGUAGAGGCGAAAGCCGCCGUCAAAGACAACUUGCAGCUAGAGUUAAAGGCACGCGCCGAGAAGCUUGUCGCUAUGAGCGAGGCCCAAGUCGCGAGUCUGCGCUCCCGCCUGGAACGACGCGUCAACCGCAUACCCAACAGCAAGCGCACCAUGACCCUGUUAGAACUACUCGAGCCAUCUGCUAGCGGUCUUACGAAAGUCGCUAGAACCUCGCCGCUCAAGAAAGAAGCUGCCCCAAAUGCCGUACUCGCGCCGGUACCAACUCGUACAGCAACACAACCCGCUGCGCGCAAGACCAGAGCAGCGCCUGCAAAGGCCGCACCGGCUGCACAAGUCGCACCGAAGCCGGCCCAAAAAGCCACUGUUCGUGGCAAGAAGCGCCCGUCAGAUGAUGGAGAUAAAGAGAACGAGGAACUGAGCGUCCCGAAGAAGCGCGUAAAAGCCAUGGCCAAGCCUGCAGCACCAGCGCCUGCACCAGCUGCGCGUAGCACUCGCGCUGCUUCCAAAAAGGUUGCACCAUCAGCGAACCACGUCCUAUCGCCAAAGCCCACCAACAGUCGGCCCGCUACUCGCACCCGUCGCGUGCGUUGA